CAUUUAAAAACUUGCAGGAAAAGUUUUGAGAGCAUCUUCUGACGGAGAGAGGUGAAGAGACAGAACUGCCAGCCAUGUCAGCUCACUUUAACCGGGGCCCAGCCUAUGGACUCAGCGCCGAGGUCAAAAACAAGUUAGCAUCCAAAUAUGACCCACAGAAGGAGGCUGAGUUGAGAGAAUGGAUGGAGAGAACCACCGGCAGGAAUAUUGGGAAUAAAUUCAUGGAGUCCCUGAAAGAUGGAGUCCUGCUGUGCGAGUUAAUUAACAAGCUCCAGCCUGGCUCCGUCAAGAAGAUCAAUGAGUCUACACAGAACUGGCAUCAGCUGGAAAACAUUGGCAACUUUAUUAGGGCGAUCACAGAUUACGGCAUGAGGCAACACGAUAUAUUCGAAGCCAACGACCUGUUCGAGAAUACAAACCUCACUCAAGUCCAGUCCACACUAUUGACGUUAGCUAGCUUGGCUAAGGCAAAAGGAGCCAAAGUUGACUUCGGGGUCAAGUAUGCCGACCGGCAGGAGAGAAAAUUCAACCCUCAAAAACUCAAGGAAGGAAGAAAUAUAAUUGGACUGCAGAUGGGAACCAACAAAUUUGCCAGCCAGAAAGGGAUGACAUCAUACGGUACCCGUAGACACCUGUAUGAUCCCAAACUAUCCAACGAACAGCCAUUGGACACAUCUACUAUCAGCCUACAAAUGGGCACCAACAAGUGGGCUUCCCAGGCAGGGAUGACGGCCCCAGGCACCAAACGUCAGAUCUUCGACCAGAAGCAUGGAAUGGAUCAGUGCGACACCCAGACCAUCCCCUUGCAGAUGGGAACAAACAAGGGGGCAUCUCAACAAGGCAUGACCGUGUACGGUCUCCCGCGUCAAGUCUAUGACAGCAAGUACUGCCUGGACAGCAGCCUCUAUCAGCUGGGCGAUGAGGACGGCCACUACGACAACAGCCAUCAGUAUCUCAACUCUGAAUAAGGGCGCUCAUCUUUCCCAAUAACCCUCCACAUCACCCUCUCCUGUGCCCACCUGUACCUGCUACCGUGGCAGAGAAGGGUGUCCACUGCUGCCCAUCCUAUGCCAGCAUGUGCUCAUUGCUCUGGCAAAGGGGGGUUAAUGCUACCCACUAUCCAUGUUUGCUCUUGCAGAGUAAAAAAAAAAAAAUUAAUGAUACCCAUUAGGUGCCAAUAUGCCUCCUGGCACCUAGAACGCUGUAUGUCCCAAACCUGCUGUUCUGGCAGAGAAUGAUCUCUCUCCUACCCCCUUUCUUCUUUCCUGGCAGAAAUGGGGGUAUAGCUGCCCAUUCUGUGCCAGACUGUGCCCGCUACUUUGGCAGUAGCAAAAUAAAAACCCAUUCCCCAUAUGUCUGAGGCUACAUUAAAAGAGACUGGGAAUAA